AUGCCCUCAAGCACAGACAGCAGUCCAUCCAGAUCUUCAUCACCACCCUCGCCUACAACCCCGGAUCCUAGACGUCCCCUACUUCCUCGGACAGUAACACAGCCCCUACCUCGUGGUGUACCGCUUCGAUAUGCCUGGAGAGGGAAAAUGACAUGGCCGCUUCGUGGAGACCCUCGUCGAUACAGCACGUUUCCACCGUACACUGAUGGCAAUCCGUUCAUCGUCUUUGGCCGCAAUGCUAUUUCUUGGCUUGUUGUCGCAUUCUGGUGGCUCGCUGCUGUCCUGAAGAUGACAGUCUGGAACUUUCCUGCCGGUCUUAUCGUAGGCCUCUUUGCUGGUGUAAUUCUCUGCAAACACUCGAACAUCAAAGUUCUGCAACGCAAGUACAAAGGCCCUUCAGUAAGGGUUGCAAGUGGUCUUUUCAGAGUUCACGACACUAACCUUUCUCAAAUCAAAGCGAAUACCCUUAGCCCACUGCAGCCGAGUGUGCCGAUUGUUCUGAGCUAUGGCGCCAAAGACGGAUCCGUCUUUGUUCAAUCCUCAGGCGGUGUGGUCGACCAAGCGUGGCAAUCUAUAGGUGCAAACAUGAGAAACAUUGUGGUCCAAGACGAAGAGAUCUUCCCGGGGUUGGACUUGAACAAAAGCCACGUGCAAGUGGCAAAACAUUAUGGCGGUGGCUACGUGCUAGAAUUGGAGGCUUUUCGCAACAUACGUUGCCUGAAUGUCCUUCGCCAGUCGCUAUUCUUCAACGCAAGACAGUAUCACAAGCCUGUUGCUGAUUUCCAAUUGCAAAAGGAGGUGCGCGCGGAAGUAGGCAAGACUAUACUGACUAGUCCCACAGACGUUUGCCUCGAAACUUUGAGGCAGCAGCUGAUGUGUCUGGCUAACGGCAGUGCGCAUGGCUUUGUCUGGGUGGACCAAACAAGCAAACAUAUAGCUCCGGACAUCAACAGCAAUCAUCGAUUCUGCUACGCCUUUGACAAAAUUCGGUUGUGGGCAGAGUCGCGGCAGGUACCUAUGACGCUGCCCAAAGACUAUUACCACCUCAACACAGGGGAUAACUGA